AUGAAAUCAUUCUAUCUCUAAAAGCCAACCUAAGUUAGGGGCAAUUCAGAGCCUAAGAAGUAGGAAAAAAUGUAAAGUCACUUGAAAAUGUCAGUAUCUUAAAAGAUGCAUGAAACCCAAACGAAAUGGAAUGGGUUAAUUGCUAGAACAGUCACUCUCGAAUAAAACUUAUUAAGAUUGCGGGAUUCAGUGAAUUAAACACUUCGCGGUGGUAGUAAAGAAUCAACUUCAUCGAAAUCAACAGCGGAACAAUUACACAAACCACCAACAUUAGUGAAUAUGACAAGCAGGAUCGCAUCACCGAUGUUGAAAAAGGUUUCCCCUCAGGAUUGUAUGACAAUGUCAAGAAUAUAGACAUAUAAGACAGUGCAAUCUUGGUUUCCCAAGUCAAGGUUCCAAACAUUUGAAGGGAUUCCUCAAUUUCGAAUAGGCAAAUUGCUAGGAAGAGGCCAAUUUUCAGAUGUUCAUUUGUGCAUCGACAAAUUGAGUAGUACAGUCUAUGCUUUGAAGGUGAUCAAGAAGGAGAAAAUCUAGGAUGAAUAGUUAUAGAAACAGAUGAUCCAGGAAAUCAAGGUGCAAAUGAAACUGAAUCACCCAAAUAUAGUUAAGUUGUAUAAUUGCUACUCUGACGAAUACAAUUUGUACUUGUUAAUGGAAUAUUGCAAUGAGGGCGAACUCUUUAAAGUCCAAAGAAAACAGCCUGGAUACAAGUUCCCAGAAAACAAAGCAUCUUACUAUAUAAACUAAAUCUUACAAUGCAUUUAGUAUAUGCAUGUCAACAAAGUCAUGCAUCGAGAUCUGAAGACCGAGAAUAUCAUGUUAUCAUUCAAUCAAAUUAAAAUUGGGGAUUUUGGUUGUGUUUGUUCGAAUCAAGACAGAAGAUAAACCUUUUGUGGUACAAUAGAAUUCAUGGCACCUGAAGUGAUUCAGAUGAAGGGCUAUGAUUCUAGAGUGGAUGCAUGGCAAAUAGCUGUGCUUGCUUACGAAUUGGUGUAUGGGUAGACUCCAUUUGUGCUUUUGGGAAAUAAAGAUCAGAAAGGCAUUAUGGAUAACAUACUAAAACAUCGUUUAACGAUUCCACACACCUUUUCAGCAGAAUUAACUUUCUUUGUCAAAGGAGGUCUUCAAUCUGACCCUAACAAAAGAUUGACUAUUGAAUAAAUGCUCAAACAUCCUUGGAUAACUAAACAUAAAUUACCAUAAACUAAAUGUGAAUACAAUAUCUGA